UGUUGUUCUCACGCUAACAUGCGAGAUCCGUAAACCCGAGUCGACUGCGCGGCCGCAUUCCGCCCCGACUUCCCCUCAGCCAGCGGCCUGGUGCUUUGAGAUGAGCAGAAGAUGUCGGUUUCGGGGCUGAAGGCCGAACUGAAGUUUUUGGAGUCAAUUUUUGACCCAAACCACGAGCGAUUUAGAAUAAUAGACUGGAAACCAGAUGAACUCAGCUGCCAGUUCAACGUAACGGGGGAGAAGCUGCUGAUCAUCCACUGCAACAUCACGGAAUCCUAUCCGUCAACUCCACCAAUAUGGUUUGUUGACUCUGAUGAUCCCAGCCUGGCUGAAGUGUUGGAGCGCCUAGAGGAUGUGAGGAAAGGCAGCACAUUGCUUCUUCAGCAGUUGAAGCGCCUCAUUUGUGAUCUGUGCCGGCUUUACAACCUGCCACAACAUCCAGAUGUGGAGAUGCUUGACCAGCCUCUGCCCGCUGGCCCGAUUACCCAAGAACGCAAGCACGGGCCAUCAGAUGAGGUGACAUCUGAAGAGGAAGAGGAAGAAGAAAUGGGAGAGCAGGACAUUGACCUGGACCAAGACCUGGACCAUUACGACAUGAAAGAAGAGGAGCCAGUGGAUGGAAAAAAGUCAGAAGAUGACGGAAUAGAAAAAGAAAACCUGGCCAUCUUGGAGAAAAUCCGUAAAAACCAGAGACAAGAUCACUUGAAUGGUGCAGUGUCUGGCUCGGUGCAAGCCUCGGACCGCCUAAUGAAGGAACUCAGGGAGAUCUACAGGUCACAGAGUUACAAGACAGGUAUUUAUUCAGUCGAACUAGUCAGCGACAGCCUCUAUGAAUGGCAUGUCAAGUUAAGGACGGUAGACCCUGAUAGUCCGUUACAUAGUGACUUGCAGGUCUUAAAAGAAAAGGAAGGAGUGGACUACAUUCUGCUCAAUUUCUCAUAUAAAGAUAAUUUUCCCUUUGACCCACCUUUCGUACGGGUUGUUUCACCUGUGCUCUCCGGAGGUUAUGUUCUUGGAGGAGGAGCCUUGUGCAUGGAGCUUCUCACAAAACAGGGCUGGAGCAGUGCCUAUUCCAUAGAGUCUGUCAUUAUGCAGAUAAAUGCAACUCUGGUCAAAGGAAAAGCCAGGGUGCAGUUUGGAGCCAAUAAGAACCAAUACAAUCUUGCCAGAGCACAACAGUCGUACAAAUCCCUGGUGCAGAUUCAUGAAAAGAACGGCUGGUACACACCACCUAAAGAGGACGGAUAAGGAGCUACUACCACUAUGCACUGAGAACAUGUCUUUGGGUCAUCUUGUUUUCUUUGGAAUAUCUUCCCUCUCUGACUUAACUGGGAAUUUAUCAUCUUUCUUGCGGAAACCAUCUCGUUGGCUCAUUUGACAAGUAUUCCCUUCACUCCGCUCCGGGAAAGACUUUACUCUCUGGUCUCACUCUGCUUCUCCACUCAGUGCGUUAGUGAGGAGGAGGAGCACGUGAGGGUAUCACUUGUCCUGUUUUCUAAAUAUGCUCAUUUGUCUUUUGGAAAAAAAAACAACAAAAAAAAACUUUUCUCCCUUUUAAAGGUCGGGGAAAUGCUUUUUCUUUAGCUGCUUUGACAAAGUGGGCUUCACAGUCAGUAACCCCUCUUUUAAAUGGGAAUUUUAAAAGAAGCGGCACCUCAUUGCACCUGUUUUUAUCGACUGCAAUUUUGUUUCUCUCUCUCUCUCUCUUUUUUUUUGUAAAUUAACAGGUACAUAAAUGCAAAUAUGAUUUUAGAAAUACUAUUUGGCAUUUAUUAUUAUUAUUAUUAUUAUUAUUAUUAUUUUAUUAUUAUUAUUAUUAUUUCAGCAUUUUAGACUAUAAAUGAGCAAAGUAAAUGUUUUGGAAGCUUAUCUUAAAACUGAGAUCACCUACCGCUGGGUAUCUUUUAGCUCUUACCUUUUAAAACGUGUGAAGGAUUUUGGGCCAAGCCGAAUCAAAAAAAAUGCUGCAGUGUUGCUGAACUAAGAUCAGCUGUUGUUGAACAAAUUAACCGGCUGUUAAUGAGAAAACAAGGCCAACGUAUCUGAGGCAUUUGUGGAUAUUGUUUUUCCUGUUAAGAGGACGCCCGAAGAUGAGUGUUACGACAUUUUGGAAGUUCUAACUGGCCUAAAGUUGCCGCUGAAGGGCUCUUUUUGCCUUAUUUCUGUUAACGGCCCUGCCAGUGCUAUUGGUCUCUCUGUUGACCGUAGCUCCAGAGGUUGACGGCCAGGUUUGACGCUGACAAUGAAGCCCUUUGUGUGCAAAGUUAACAGCAUGUUGUACAGGAGCCUCGUCUCAGCCGCUGUCACGAAAGACAGUCGGACGCAGCCUCUUUGCGAAGAGGAGCUGCCGAGGGACGGGGCUUUACCGAGGAAAUAAAUGAAGCUUGUCUGGAUGUUUGAGCUUUCAUCUUUCUGCCCGUUAUCACAGCUAAUUAAUUUGUCACACGUUCCUAAUAUAUGAAUCGAUUGUAGUGGUUUUCCCCCCUCGUCCCGUUACUUCACAUCAGCCGAAUUCUCCGUCAUUUGUAGGGCUUCCUUCGCCGCCACUAUAUUAUAUCACAGACGUGUUUCCGUGUUGCAUUUGGAGGAGGAGCAUUUGUAGUGUGACAAAAAAAAAAAAACUGAACCCAGAGCACCUGUAUGAAACUGUACAGUACACCUUUGACCAUGCAAUACACUGCGGUGCGCCACGAGCGCUGCGGCUCCCCACAUUACAGGACACACACUGUAUCUUAUCGAUCUGUUGGCUCUUUUGCAGUUUAUUUGUUAACACUGUCUGCAAAAGUGUGUUUCAAUGGCAACUCAGGUAACAAAUAAUACUAAAUGAGGCGAAGGGGGGCGGACCCAUACAUGUACAGGUUGAGUUAUGGGUGGUGACCUUCUGGGGUUAGUGAGCGCUCGGCGACGCUGAUCUGAUGAUUAAGUUAUCUUUACAAUAACGGGUCACGUGUUUUUCAAGUAAUUCAAGGAACAGAAGUAGGGAAACAUUUACGAAACGUGUUGUUUUAAUUGGCCCGUUAAAAAAUAUUUGCACAACCGGUAACGAUGUGCCUGGAGAGGAGGUAGAACAGGCUGAAUAUUUUCAAAUCAAGUGGGGGGAAAAAAAAAUGUUUUGUCAGCACACUGCUCCUCAUUCUGGUGUCACAUGAUGUGUCUGAGGAGGGAGGAGUCAUCGAGUAUCACUAUCAGGAAGUGUCCUCUCCUCCGUCGGGCCUGUGUUUGUCCGGUGACACAGAAGCACCGUAAACCUUUUCCAAGUCUGAACUAAAAACCUCUGCUGCAGAGCCUUUAUCCACCCGCGUCGAUCCCCUUCUCCCCUCCGAAAAAAACGCCAAAACUGUGCUCAUAGGAAAUAAGACGAGAUGAUUCAGGUUUUGAUGAACAUGCCGUGGUGGUGGUGGUGCUUGUUGGACUUUUCACGCUUCUCUAACUGGACCGUGUAUGGAAAAAAGAUUCAUUUAUUUCAACUGUCUUGAUUCGUUUUCUGGCGCCGGCGAGCAGGCGAUUCCAGUCUGGCUCCGCCGGCUCGCUUUGGUUUUAUUUCACAUUUUACAUUUGCAGAAAUUUUGACCAUGUACAGAAAUUUGUAAACUUGCAUCAAGUUUAUGAAUAAAGAAUUUUAAGAUUAUCGCUGAUUUUGCUGGUUUUCUUGUUCUCGAUUGCAGAGUUGAUUUAUUUUCCGUUGAUGCUACUUGAUGUCUAUGAUGUUGUGAUUUUACUCAUUUUUAAUUUUGUUGGUUUAGACGUCGCUGAAUAAAUAUCUACCAGUAA